UCCAAACAAUAAAAAAUAAAUAAAUAAAUAAAUAAUCCCAUAGUUUUCUUUUGUCCAACCAAUGUAACAUACUUCCUCUCAUAGACGAGUCCAACAACGAUGUGUCGACUAAGGAAGUACACAGACUCGAGGUGGUGCAAAAGUCAAAGGUAAGCCAUCCUUGCCUUCCCAAUAGAUAAACAAAAGAUAGGUUGGAACCACCGUGAAAAACCAUGUCUAUGUAGAAAUCUCCGGUUAGGAUCAUUUGAGCGUUUGAAGUUUCAGGCAAAAAAGAGAUGGAAACCAACUUGAUUAUGCAUAAUCAGAAAAAGGGUGUCUUAGAUAUCCUCAAAAAAGCUCUCCAAAUUUCUUCCAAAAACAUCAACUUCAUCAUCUUCAUCCUUAUCAUCUCUUCUCCCCUGUUCUGCUUCUUAGUUUAUUAUGAAUUUUUCCUCCAAAAGUUUCUUGUUGAAACCUUUGAAAAUCUAUAUGAUCCCCCUGAUUACUUCUACUAUUAUUGGCUUGAAAUAUUUCACAUAGCCGAAAGGCUGAACAAAAAAACCUUUCUAGAGUUUAUUCAACUGGUAUUUCUCUAUCUGGUCCCACUCCAUCUCCUAGAGUUCUGCACAGUGCUUGUGAUCGUUGAUUUGACAUCGAAGAUAUAUAGCGAAGAAAGACCAAUGACUCUUAAGGAUUUGCUAAACAUGCCAGUUGAAGUGACAAGAUUGAAAGGCACUUUUAUCACAUUUGUCUAUGUUGCCAUCUUAUCAGUUUGUACCCUGCUCGGAUUGACAUGGUUAGUGACAACCUACUUUAUCCUUUUACGGAGCUGUUUCUCUUAUGUUCUUUUUGCAGCAGUAUGUGGGGCAAUUUUCGUAUCAGUGCUAACCAUUUACUCGGCAUUAAGCGCAGAGUGCAAUAUGAGUAUUGUGAUUUCCAUUCUGGAAGGGAUAUAUGGGGUUGAAGCUUUGGCUUUAUCAGCUUACUUCAGCAGAGGAAACUAUCGGUGUGGACUUAAUUUGAUGCUUGUUUUUCUUUUGUGGGGAAUUGGUUUGAGAUUGCCAUGCCUCUAUUUUGGCUGCUAUGAAGAAGGAUAUGGAAUUGUCGCACAGAUUAGCUUGGUGUGCCUGGGAAAUGCUCUAAAAUGGAUUGUCUGUGUGGUAUAUUUCCAUGAGUGCAAAAAACAAAUUUUAGAAAAGAAAUAUGAUGAGGAAGUAGGAACAGAUGUCAGCGCUGUUGAUUAAUAGCUUCGCUAUGCUCAAUGUCAGUAUGUCUUUGUAAUAUCAAUUAUCUUUUCUAUUUUUGUGGAAGAGUAUAAAUAUGGAUUUGGCAUGAAAUGAAAACUAGAGUUCAUAUCCUCGUGAAA